UUAUCCCAGCAUACUAGACCACGGUCUAAUUAGCAUGUGUAAAUUCUCAGCAGAGUUUCAACGCGGGUCUUUAUACCUUUACAUCUGAGUUUGUUUCGUAGCAAAGAACUUAAAAUGGGCUUUGGAGAUUUGAAGACUGAUGCUGGCAUUAAGUCAUUGAAUGAAUAUCUUGCCGACAAAAGCUAUAUAGAAGGAUAUGUUGCUACUCAAGCAGACACAGCGAUUUUAAAAGCUAUUGCUUCUGCUCCAAAUAACAAAUAUCCUCAUGCAUUGAGGUGGUAUAACCACAUAAACUCCUUCACUGUUGGAGAACAAUCAAGUUUUCCUGGAGAAACAAAGGAUGCUGUUGAAUAUGGACCUCGAGGUACUGAGCAAGCUAAAGUAAAUGAUGACGAUAUUGAUUUAUUUGGUGAUGAAGAGAGUGAAGAGGAGACAGAAGAGGAAAAAAGAAUUAAAGAAAAACGACUAGCUGACUAUCAUGCAAAGAAAGCUACAAAGACUGCCCUUAUUGCAAAAUCAAUGUUAGUUCUGGAUGUAAAACCGUGGGACGAUGAAACCGACAUGGCAAUCUUAGAAGAAAAGGUUCGCUCUAUCCAAGCUGACGGUUUACUUUGGGGAACAAGUAAACUCAUGCCAGUUGGUUAUGGAAUCAAAAAACUCCAAAUCACUGCCGUAAUCGAAGAUGAUAAGAUAUUCACCGAUUGGCUUGAAGAAGAAAUUCUUAAAUUUUCGGACCAUGUUCAAUCAAUGGAUAUCGCAGCAUUUAAUAAACUGUAAUUUAAUGAUGUUAAUAAAACAAAAUACAGGA